GGAAAGACUAGCAUAGAUCAGCCGACAGAUGGGCCCCACCAUCGCUUCUUCUUAAAAGCAUCCCCACGCCUUCCAAGAGUCCCGACUCCGGACCCCUAAAACCCUAGUCGGGCUUCAUACGCCGCCACCGCGCCGCUUCCUCCCUCGCCAUGGCCCUCUUUGCUGCCGCACGCCGCGCCGCGGCCUCCUCCGUGCCCGUUCUCCUCCGUGCCUCCGCCUCCUCGGGGUCCCACCGCAGCGCCGUCCUGCUCCGGCCCCUCGCUGCCGCCGUGGCGCCGCCGAAGCCCCGCGCGAUGCCGUUCUCCUCGGCGCCCGCGACGAGACCCAGCUCCGACGCCGAGCUACUCAGCGUCAUCGACUCCGAGAUCAAGUACGCCGAGGACUGCGAUGACCACGACAGGGUUGAGGAGAUUCCAGAAAAUUUCCCUUUCAAAAUCAGCGACGAGAAGGGGACGAAUGCAGUUACCCUUAAAAGAACAUAUCAGGGUGAGCAGAUUGAGGUUGUGGUUCACAUGCCCAGCCUUGUCACUGGAGAUGAGCCUGAUCAUGACCGUGAUGGUGAGGAUGAGGACACGGCGGGAGAUGACAAUGACGAAGAUGAAGGCCAGAAGCCUGAACAGUCAAGCAUUCCUCUCACAGUCACUAUAUCCAAGGGUGACGGUCCUGUUCUUGAAUUCACCUGCACUGCCUAUCCUGACGAGGUCAUCAUCGACUCCAUGUCUGUGACACAACAAUCAGGGGAUGAUGAACGUGACAUGAUUGCAUAUGAGGGUCCUGAUUUCAAUGACCUUGAUGAGAACCUGCAGAGGGAAUUCCACAGGUACCUGGAUCUGCGUGGCAUUUCACCCAGGACCACAAAUUUCUUGCACCUGUACAUGAUCAACAAGGACAGCCGUGAGUACCUGCUCUGGCUGAGAAAGCUGAAGGAUUUCUUCAAGCAGUAGGUGUGAAGACCUGAAGAUCAGCUUUAUCUCUCUUUUGUUCCUGCUAGGGCCUUCUCGGUUAUUCCAAUUCCAUGUGGAUUGAAGUGUAUUAAAAUGGAUUUUGACUUGUUAUGGAUUUAAAUCAACUUAAUACCACUCAAUCCACAUGGAUUAUUGGUGAAACAAACAAGCCCUAGUCGAAAUUCUUGUUAAGUUGGUAGUUUGUCAGACCCGAAAUAGAGUUUUUUGGGUUUCGAAUGGAAACACUAGACAAAAUAAAGGAUUUAGUAUUUUUUUCUAUAAAUUUCCAAGAUUUAUUUAACUGAUGACAAUUUAGGGUGAGAAAGUGUGGCUAUAUAAAAGCUUUCAUGAAGUUAAUUUGAUA